AAAUGAAAUAUAUUAUUACUAAAAUAAAUUCAUUUAAAAUCCGGAAAAAUAAAUUUUUUCUCCAAACAUCAAUCGGUAGCAUGCAUCAAAUCGGUCUGGUUUCAUCCCAACAAUGAACUUCACCAACUUUCGUUAAGGCGAAAGCGAAAGCUAAAGCGUUUUUCUUCUUCUUCUUCUUCUUCAUUCUACUUUCUUUUCUUUUUUUUUUUUUAAAUUCUUGAUCGAACUCUAGGAUCUCCGUUCGGUUUCUGUUCGCCGGAUUUUUUUAUUUCGUCAGAGCCGAGGACUCACGGCCGCUUUCUCUUGCAGGUGGACUGAAGCACGUAAUGUCAGGGUAGACACCACAAACAGCACAAAGCCGCAUGCCCUGUGGAAGACUUCCUACAAUGGAUCGAAAAGCAGCAUAUGACAUUGAACGCAUGAUAUCUACAUCAUCUAAGGUUCAGUAUGACCUGUGGCCAUUAGAGGAAAUUGAUCCAAAGAAGGCAAAGUUUCCAUGCUGUUUAGUUUGGACACCACUUCCAGUUGUCUCAUGGUUGGCACCAUUCAUUGGACAUGUUGGCAUUUGCAGGGAAGAUGGAGCUAUCUUGGACUUUUCAGGAUCAAAUUUUGUGAACAUUGAUGAUUUUGCUUUUGGUGCUCCAGCCAAAUUUCUGCAACUAGACAGAAAAAAGUGUUGCUUCCCCCGAAAUCUAGCUGGGCAUACAUGCAAGAAUGGCUAUCGGCAUGCAGAUUAUGGGCCUGCAAUCACAUGGGAUGAUGCCCUGCUGCUAAGCAUGCAUAAUUUUGAGCAUAGAACCUAUAACCUUUUCACUUGUAACAGCUACUUGUUUGUUGCCAACUGUCUAAAUCGGCUCUGCUAUGAUGGAUCAAUGGAUUGGAACAUGGUAAAUUUGGCAGUUCUAUUCUUGUUUAAGGCACAUUGGGUUGAUGCCAUGUCAGUCAUAAGAUCAUUCCUCCCUUUCAUAGUGGUGCUCUGUCUGGGUGUAACACUGGUGGGGUGGCCAUUCUUGAUAGGGUUGUUCUCAUUCUCUCUGCUUCUUGUGGCAUGGUAUUUGUUGGGUACUUACUGUUUCAAAAACAUCUUAGAAUACUAGAGCUCUACCAUUUGUUUAAUUUUGUUAGUUGAAAGAAGCUUGGGUUGAUCAGAGUUGAUACCCAACCUGAUAGAGAACUUGAAUAGUUUCCCAUUGAGGGAGGUGGCUGAUGCCAAAAUGUAAGAAUGUAAGAUAGCCCCUGCCCCCAGCAUUAGAAACACUGAAUUGCAAAUUUGUUCUCAAAAGGAAAUUGAACAUUCCAUUUGAACAAUUUGAUGUUUUGAUUUCGCGAUGGAGUUCUUUACCUAUUAGGUCAUUAUCAAACGUACACAGGGCCAAAAGUCAUGGAACUUUGUAGAAGAAUUUCAGGCUUUUCUAGCCACUUAGUUACCUUUUCU